AUGAGUGGCACCAGCAGCACAAGACUGAAUCCCAGUCAGAAGUUACUGCAGGUGAACGAACCAAAGCGGUAUGGAUCUACACUGUUGCUGGAGGAAAAGUGUGAGCAGUCUUUUUUCCUCUUUUACUACUACAGGAUGGAGGACGAGGCGGUGCUGGACCGCGGUCACCACACCAUUUACAUCGGCGUGCGUGUGCCAAAAAGCUAUCGACGUCGGAGGCGUCAACAUCGAAGAACAGGUCACAAGGACAAAAAGGAGAGGUUCACAGAGAGCACCUCUGACAAGUCGGACACAGAAAACGCAGAUGAGGCCAGCACCAGCAUUCUCAAACCUCUCAAUUUUGGAAAACAAAGAUGGUUGCUUGUGGAGAUUAGUUCACGGCGAAAGAUUUGUUCACACCAAAAGAAUAAUAGUCCCACCACAACCCACUGGAACCUGACGUCCAGCAGCCUGAACAACAUUUCGGACAAACCAGAAAAAGAUCAGCUGAAGAACAAGUUUAUGAAGAAGUUGCCGAGAGACGCUGAGGCCUCCAACGUGCGUGGGGAGGUGGAUUUCCUGGACGCUCCAUUUGUGGCGUUUGUUCGGCUGCAGCAAGCUAUGAUGUUGGGAGCUUUGACCGAGGUUCAUUGUACCAUGUAGUCAUGAAAGUCCAUGUAGGCAGUGAGAGUUGUCAUUUAUAACUGCCUGACCUAAACAUAAAAAUUAAACACGUUACUUUACAAGUUGAUUAAAGAUAAAUCAUGUUUUCUCAUUUUUACUACUGAU